AUGGAAACCAUGCAAACCGAGAUAGCUUGCUUCCGUAUCGCACGCGUCCACGUCAUCAUCGUAACCUCAAGCGAGGUUGCUCGAGUAGUGGUUAGAGACACUGAAGAGGUUUUCACUGAUCGAAUAGAGUCAUACUCGAGCAAUCUCAUAAGCGAAGGCUAUAAGGACGUGAUUUUCUCUUCAUAUGGAGAGAGAUGGAAGCUAAUGAAGAAAAUGAUGGUUACCAAACUAAUGUCUCCGGCAAUGUUGAACAAGUCCCUCGGUGACAGAACCCUAGAAGCAGAUAAUAUAGUCGAAUACGUCUUUAAUCUAUGCCAAAUAGGAUCGCUAGUCAACGUGAGAGACAUCACGGGUAUUUUUUGCCAUGCUGUGAUGAUGAGGAUGAUGUUUCGUCGGAGGCAUUUUGAACAAGCAAACGAUAACAGAGGUGGUCUUGGACCGAAAGAAAAAGAGCAUAUCGACGCAAUAUACCGAGCUAUUGAUUGUUUUUUCAGCUAUAACAUGUCGAAUUACAUCCCUUUUCUAAGAGGAUGGAACAUUGAAGGAGAGGAGGCGGAGGUAAGAAACGCGGUCGAUAUUAUCAACAGGUGCAACGAUCCGAUUAUCCACGAUAGAAUGGAUUUGUGGAGGGAGAAAGGCGGAAAAGAAAGUGUUGAAGAUUGGCUCGAUGCCCUCAUCACUCUAAAGGAUGAUCAAGGAAUGCCUUUGUUUGCAGUUGAUGAGAUCAGGGCUCAAUGCAAGGAUAUUAAUAUUGCAACACUCGACAAUUCGAUGAAUAACGUGGAGUGGACGAUAGCAGAAAUGUUGAAUCACCCAGAGAUUCUUGAGAAAGCCACAAAUGAAUUGGACAUGGUAGUUGGUAAAGACAGAUUUGUGCAAGAAUCAGACAUACCACAACUCAAUUACAUCAAAGCUUGUAGCAGAGAAUCUUUCCGACUUCAUCCAGCUAAUGCGUUCAUGCCCCCUCAUGCAAGCCGACAAGAUACUACCCUCGCGGGUUAUUUUGUUCCCAAAGGUAUGUGUAACCCGACAAGUGUAUAUAUCUGGUACAUUAAUUCAUGCAUGAAUUAUAAGAGUGAUACAUAA